AUGUAGAAAAAUCAUAAUCGAUAGAAUGAAAAUGGUCUGCAAGAAUAAGGUAAAUUUUAUUUCAAUCUCUAGUGAUUUCAUUUAAGAUGUCUGAAAGAAGUUUAUUGAGUCACACUGGUGACUAUUAAAUUGGCGAAGAACAAAGCUUUCUUCAUUCGAUUCAAUUAAGUAGAAAAGGAGCUGAAAAUCAUUUUUUCAGCCUAGAUGAUAUUGAAUCUGUUUAUAGCUCCAAUGAAUAGGAUAUCAAUUUUGAUAUGUAAUUUUAAAAAAUAUUUUUAGAGAGGACAGCUUAAUUUACCAAAAUUGA